UUGCAGUCGGGGGCAUAAUCGCCAAUCCACACGCUUCUAGAUCAUCAAAUAUCAGUAUUUCACUGUUCCAACGGCCACCCGCAGGGGCAAUCUUGUAACUUCAAAGUGGAGCUGAUGGCAACUUUUGAGCGGCAGCGCAGAAACAGAAAGAAGCUGCUUCUCUCAGCUAACUCAGUUGAGUUCCACUCCUCACCCCAAACGACGCAUCACUUUCUCACUCUAAAACCUCUGCCGCACUUCACUUUGCGAGUGGAGGCGGUUUUCUCUGUCUUCUUCUUUUCUUGAAAUAUGGUUGUAGAAUGAGUGAGUGAGUGGCAGAGAGAUAAAGGUUCGUUCUUUGGCUAGUUGUGUUGAAAAAGCUGAGUCCCAUUAGAGAGGGAGUUGAGAUGGAAGGUGGGUCGAGGCCAGAGAGAGAAAAUAAGGAUGUUCGGAAAAGGAGUGAAAAACUGGGAUCCGUUUUGGAGCCCAACAUUGAGCCAUUUGUACCGAGAAAAGGGUACGACCCGAAUGAGCUGAGAUCUUGGGCUAAGAAGACUGGUUUCGUCUCAACUUUUUCCGGUGAGACUCAGAGAAGUGCGAGUGGGCGGAGGGACUUGAACGAGGGGAGGCACAAUGGCGAUGAUGGGUAUGGUGAUUUGGAGAGGGGGGGUGUUUUCGCGAAGAACGAGUCCAUUUCUCCCAAGAUUGAAAUCGAUCCUAUUUUGGGAAGGACUAGGAGAAGAGGGCCUGAGAUUGAGCCAGUUAGAGGAGGUGCCAAUGCAAGGGAGAGAGAUGGGGUUUUGGGGUUUAAAGAUGCAGUGGAGAGAGGUGAUAAUGAGGUGAGGAGGAAUGGAGCGGCGGAGCUGAGUUUGGGCACGAAUAAUGCGUUGAGGACAGAUGGAAAUGAGGGUGGCGCCGCCAUUGGGGCGAAUGCUCCGCCUACGGAGCCUAAGAGUAGUGAUGAUGUUAUUAUGUAUCAGGAUGGAGAGGAUUUGGGUGAUGGGGGAUGGCAACCCUCGCCAAAAUUGAUUUUUGGACUCAAGGAUAAUCCUGGUUAUGUGCCUAUAAUAUUCUACGGUUUGCAACACUAUCUGUCCUUGGCUGGUUCUCUUAUUUUCAUUCCUUUGAUCAUUAUACCUGCAAUGGGCGGAACGGACAAGGAUACCGCUACAGUAAUUUCCACUAUGUUGCUGCUUUCUGGUAUCACAACAAUACUGCACUCAUACUUUGGUACUCGCCUUCCCUUGGUUCAAGGCAGUUCAUUUGUUUAUCUGGCUCCUGCAUUAGCUAUCAUGAAUUCAAGAGAGUUCCGGAAUCUGACUGAAAAUAGAUUCAGGCACACAAUGAGGGAAUUACAAGGGGCUAUAAUUGUUGGUUCAAUUUUCCAGUGCCUGAUGGGUUUCAGUGGCUUGAUGUCUCUAUUCUUAAGGUUCAUAAACCCUGUUGUGGUUGCCCCAACAGUUACAGCAUUGGGUUUAGCCUUUUUCAGCUUUGGCUUCCCUCAAGCCGGUGCUUGUGUGGAAAUUAGCAUUCCAGAGAUCUCAUUGGUUCUUGUGUUUACCUUGUACCUGAGAGGAGUAUCUGUCUUUGGCAACAGAGUUUUCCGAAUCUAUGCGGUCCCCCUAAGUGUCAUGAUUAUAUGGGCAUAUGCAUUUUUUCUGACAGCUGGCGGGGCUUAUAACUACAAAGGCUGCAGUGCGGACAUACCUAGUUCGAAUAUUCUUAUUGAUGCUUGUAGGAAGCAUGCAUAUACAAUGAAGCAUUGCAGGACUGACGUUUCUGAUGCAAUGAGAACUGCUGCAUGGGUUAGGAUCCCAUACCCUUUACAGUGGGGAAUUCCAAUCUUCCGGUUGCGAACUUCACUCAUAAUGAUUUUUGUAUCACUUGUUGCAUCAGUUGACUCGGUUGGGACAUAUCACACCGCAUCCAUGAGAAUCAACACAAAGGCUCCAACCCCUGGCAUUGUUAGUCGAGGAAUUGGGUUAGAAGGCUUUUGCAGUGUACUGGCUGGACUUUGGGGCUCAGGAACCGGGUCAACUACAUUGACUGAGAACGUGCAUACCCUUGAUAUAACUAAGGUUGCAAGCCGAAAAGUUGUGGAAGUUGGAGCAAUUUUCUUGAUUGUCUUCUCAUUUAUAGGGAAAGUUGGCGCUAUUCUCGCAUCAAUACCACAAGCUUUAGCAGCAGCUGUCCUUUGCUUCAUGUGGGCUCUGGUUGUGGCAUUAGGUCUCUCGACACUGCAAUACACUCAAACAGCUAGUUUCAGAAACAUAACAAUAGUUGGUGUCUCGUUGUUCCUUGGUUUAUCCAUCCCUGCGUAUAUUCAGCAGUAUCUACCGGAAUCCAGUCUGAUCCUACCUAGUUAUCUCAUACCCUACUCGGCGGCUUCUGAUGGACCAGUCCACACCGGAAGUAAAGAAGUGGAUUUUGCAAUCAACGGUCUUCUGUCACUGAACAUGGUGGUGACGCUCUUGAUAGCAUUCGUGCUGGACAACACUGUUCCUGGAAGCAGGCAAGAACGAGGAGUUUACAUAUGGUCGGAUGCUGAAGAUUUAGCCACAGAUCCAUCUGCACUUUCAGAUUACAACCUGCCAGGUAAAGUUUGUCGAUGUUUUCGGUGGGCCAAAUGUUUGGGUGUUCGAUAACCAAAUGUUAGGACAUCAUCGUCAUCUAGGUUAUACUAUUAAUUACUCACAUAUAUCAACAAAACAGUAAAUAUGCCACACAUUGUUUCUUCACAAUGCUUCUCUGCCUUGUAAAACGAACCAACAAAUUAACUCCAGUUUUCAUAAUUAUGAUUUAUUCUAGAGUUGCACAUUUUAUAUUUUC